UUGGCUUCAAAUGUCUUGUAAUCUUUCUGUUUCUAAUGACUCUUCCAUCAACCGUUAUAUUCCGGAAAUGGUUUCCACCGAUACAACUGAUUAUCCCUUAUUGUUUGAUCAUCCUUUCUCUCCUUUCCAUGACUCCUCAUCUGAUUAUAAUUUUCAAGCUUUGUUAAACAACAGUCAGAACCAACAAAACCCAUUUGAUGAAUCCUCUUGUCCAGACCAAUUGGUUUCUGGUUUGCUUCCUUCUUCUCCCCCAACAGACCAGCUUGAAAACCUCAGCCUUUAUCAGACAACCCAGUUCCCGUCUCUUUCAUUUAGUCCAAAUUUAGAGUACGGGUAUGGAGAUUUCAACGGCUUGAAUUAUUUGGAAGUUAAAAAUGAAGAAUGUCAAGUGGAUUUCGAUCCUGCUUACAGAGGUCCUGAUAAUGCAGACAAGUACUUGCAAAGGAGCUUUAGUAGCAGUUCUUUUGAAGGAAAGCCUGGCUUUUCAUUCCAACCUCCUUUUGAUUCUCUCAUGGAGUCUCAGAACUUUCAAGGCCAAUCAUUUAGCAUGCCUGAGAACAGCUUUUUCGCCGGACAAAUGAGGAAGGUAUGCAGUACCGGAGAUUUAGAGAAUUUGAGAAACGCUUAUACCACAAGGUCAAUUUCAACCCCUUCGGUUAUAGAGAACUCGUUCAUGGAGGAAGCACCCUUCAAAGUGGGACGUUACAGUACAGAAGAGAGACAAGAGAGGAUUUCAAAGUACAGAGCCAAGCGCAACCAAAGGAACUUCAACAAAACAAUUAAGUAUGCAUGCCGUAAAACACUAGCCGACAACCGCCCUCGUAUACGUGGCAGAUUCGCUCGCAACGAUGAAGCUGUUGAGGUUCCCAAGGCUGCAUGUUCAACCAGAGAUGAAGACGAAGAUGGCCUAUGGGUACUACACUCCAUUCCUCAAGGUUCGAUGCAGGCGCUGCAAGAGGUGGAGGAUGAAACAGUGGCAAGAGGAAGUUUCAUGAGUAGUUUCAGCCAAACCCAGUACCAGUACCACCAUGGCUGCUUCUGAUAGUUGGGGAAAACCUUCAGAGGAGCAUUAAUUAUGUAUAGUCUAGUAUCUUAGAAAAUAGCAAAGGAGGCCUUUUAGAUCGCAUCAGUUAAUUGUAAAAAAAAAAAAAAUUCCUUUUAUUGAAACAAUAAUUUCUCACCUAUCCUGGUACAAAAUAAGGUGAUCAAUGAUAAUA